AAAAAAAAACAAAAGAAAAGCAAUACAUAAGAUAAAAAGGAACCUCUAAAAUUGGAAUAGCUGACCCAAAGGGCAAGACUCCAUUAACUCAUUUUCCAGGAAAAUAAUGUGGAGAGAGAAAAGAAAAUAAGAAAAAAAAUAUAAUUCUAGAGAGAGAAAAGAACAAAAAAACUUAUCCUUAUUUUUGUUAUAUUUAGUGAUUAAAAAAAAAUAUAGAGAGAGAGAAAAUAAAAAAUAACUAAAAAUAUAUAUAGAGACAGAGGAGGGACAGACAAUUUAAGCAGAGAAAGCAAGAAGAUGAUUAUGGUAAAGGGUUCUGUUAAACUGAGCAUUUUAGGAUUUCUCUUCAGAUCAUAGAGAGCGAGGUAGUGCCCAGAGUGAUUAAAUAAUAAUAAUAAUAAUAAAAAUAAUAAUAGUAAUAUUAAUAAUUACUAUAACAUUAAGUAUUUUUUUUUAUUUCAUAUAUAUUAUAUAUUAUAUAUACGUAUAUAUAGGUGGAUGGGGGUUUUAUUUUUGUGUGUGUAUUUGCGUAUCAGAUCCUCUUGUUAGAGGUAGUGAAAGGGAUAUCGUCUCUGAUUGUUGCUCGUUUUUUGGAUUAGGAGAAAAAGGGGAAACCUAGAUAGUGAGUUGAUUAUAGGGAUAUAAUUAGUGUUCAAUUUGAGAUUGAGUUGCGUAUCUAUUUGGGAGGCGGAAGGAGAAAUUUUGAGCAAUUUGUGGUGAUUGAAAUGAAUUGGAUUUGAUGUGGUUGUAUUGCGGCGGAUUGUGUCGGUGGCGGCGGGGAUGGCAGCCGGGCAAAGGGAACGGAGCGUGGAGGAACUUUACAACUUGACGGAGGUGAUUCGGGGAACUAAAGAUCACAUCAGUCUUGAGGGGGAGUUGUCGCAUGCAAGGGCCAGUAGAGGAAACUGAACAAGAUAUUGAGAAGAAUAUGUUACCAUCGCAAUCUGAGAAAAGAUUUGGCAAGCGUUCCAUGAGACGUAAGGUUCGUACAAGUACAAGAGCAGAGUCUGGGACUUGUAAUGUGUGUUCUGCUCCUUGUUCAUCUUGUAUGCAUCUCAAGGUAGCCUGUAUGGGAUCAAAGGGCAACGAAUUUUCUGAUGAAGUCUGUCGUGAAACUGCAACAAGUCAGAAUUCUAUUAACGAGGAUGAACUUUCACCUUUUAAAAAUAGAGCAAAUGACAGCUUACAUCAUACCACUAGUGAAGCAAGUAAUCUGCUCAGCAUCAAUUCGAGUCACGAUUCCUUGUCUGAAAAUGUGGAAAGUAAAGCAAGCAUAAGGUGUUCUGAUAUAGUUGGUACCUCGGUUGAGUCUGAGAUGCUUCCGAAAUUGUCCUCUGGGGGAAAUUUUGUAGUGGAUCAACUUUUUCCAAAACCGCUGAGCAUUUUGGAUCAGAUAACUUCAUCAAAUAAGAAUGAGUAUCCCAAAGUUGUAGAAGGGCAUGAUGACAACAUUUCAUGUGUUAGUAGAUCUAAUGAUGUGAGUGUAGCAGUAAGUGAUCAUAACAAGAAUGUAGACAGGAGGAAUAUAUCAUGUAAUUCAGCUUUAGUUAGUAGUUUAGGAUCAGAAGGAACUGGAAAGGCACCAAUUUCGCCCAAGUCAGAGGCACCUUCAGAUGAUGCAUGUGCUGGCAGUAACACUCCGAAGGUCCAGAGCAGGUGCUUGUCCUCCACUACAAAUGAAACACAUUUGGAAGAAGAUAGCAAGUUAGGCAAAAACAAGGUCUCGAGUCAACUUGCUGAAGGAACUGGGAAAACACUAAUUUUGCCGGAGUCAGAGUUGUUAGAGACACCUUCAAAUGAUGCUUAUGCUGGCUGUAGUUCACCGAAGGUCCAGAAAAGGUGCCUGUCCUCCACCACAAAUGAAAUACAUUUGGAAGAAGAUACAAAGUUUGAUUCUUCUAAGGUUUCAAGCCAAAUUUCAGAAGGAACUGGAAAGACGCUAAUUUUGCCCAAGUCAGAGUUUAUAGAGACACCUUUACAUGAUGUGUAUGCUGGCAGUAGCUCACCAAAGGUCCAGAGCAGGUGCCUGUCCACCACAAAUGGAACACAAUUUGAAGAAGAUACAAAGUUAGAUACUUUCGAUGUUUCGAGGAAACUUCAUCCAAAGGUAGAAGAAGGGACCAGAAAAGUUAGUGGAGAUCAAUUGGAUGAAGUUAUUAAAUGUUCCAACCAAGUUGAACCAGAUGAGAAGUCAAAUGAGUCAGUUGAAUUACCAGAUAUUCAGGAGCCUGCUUUGCAAUUCGUAUCUGGGGAUGACAGUGAUGAGUCAGAAAUUGUGGAACAUGAUGUAAAAGUAUGUGAUAUUUGUGGGGAUGCUGGUCGGGAAGAUUUGCUUGCUAUAUGUAGCAAGUGCACUGAUGGUGCAGAACACACCUAUUGCAUGCGAGAAAUGCUUCAGAAAGUUCCUGAAGUGGAUUGGUUGUGCGAAGAAUGCAAGUUAGCUGAGGAAACAGAAAACCAGAGGCAAGGUUCAGAUGUUGAAGGUAAAAGAACAAACAAAGCAAACGCACCAAGCUCUGGCAAGAGACAUGUAGAAACAAUGGAGGUGGCUUCAACUUCAAAAAGGCAGGCUGUUGAAACAAGUUUUGGAUCUCCUAAGUCAUCCAGCCCCAGCAGAACAGCUGCACUGUUGCGGGAUAGUUCUUUCAAGGGCUUAGAUAAAGGGAAAGUAAAGCUAGAUCAUCCAAUAUCUGUUGUCAAUCACUCCAGUAUUGAUAGUCCAGAAACUACACGUUCUUCUAUUGGUCCACGAAUUCAGACACCCAAGGGUACUUUAUUGAAGUCCAAUUCAUUCAAUACUUUAAAUUCCAAACCAAAGAUAAAACUUGUUGAUGAGGUUCCUCAAAAGCAGAAGGGCAGUAGAGAAAGUCGUUCUCUUGAUAUGAAGGAGGGGACUGCCAGGAUGAUAAGCAAAUCUUUGUCAUUUAGAACAGUGAACUCAGGCCGUUCCAAUGCUACGGAGUCAAAAGUUAAAAUGCUUUCUUCAAAAAUUUCUCAAGCUCAGGAUAUAAAAGCAUUAAAACAAGUGAAAGAACGAAAUGCAUUUGAAAGUAAAAGUUCAUCUAAAUUAGAUCGUCCCAUGGGUAGUUUAGUGACAACUAGUUCUAAUGUCUCUAUGCCUAUGAUCAGUCAAAAGCUCACACCUCGUGGUGAUAGUGUGAUGAUAUCAUCCACAGGCAACAACAAAGAGUUGAAUGCGUCACAAUCUGAUGGAAAAUUGAAUACUUUAUCAAGGUCAACCAGUAGUGUAGCUCGUAAAGGUGCAGAAAUUCCAGUUACUUCUGUUCGAUCUUUACCCGUGAAUGGGAUGAGCAGUGCUUUUGUUGAACAAAAGUUAAACCAAGUUAGCCCAAAGGAUGAACCCUCUUCGAGUUUUUCUUGGACUGCAGAGCGACCGUAUCAUAAUGUAGAUGAAAAUGUGCAAGAUGGUUUAUCUCGGUCACGGGAAUCAUCAAAUCAGAGUGAGAAAUCUAGAGAAAUUUCUGUUUCUCGCAUGAGGCCUGCUAUUACUGCUGGGCAAAAAAAUAUCACCUGUCAAAAGUGCAAGGAAAUUGGGCAUGCUACAGAAUUUUGCACAUUUGUUACUCCUUGGGCUUCUGGUAUGGAUACACCUUCUGCUAGAACUGUUAGGGAGGACGUGAGCCAAGGUAGUAAGUUAAAAGUUGCAAUUGAGGCUGCCAUGCUUAGGAAGCCGGGAAUAUUCAGAAAGAAAAAAGAAAGUGAACAAUCUGAUGGGUUGUCCUCAUCAAAUGUGGAUAUAACUUCUGAGAUAGCUUCUCACGAUCAGUUUUCGGUUUCAAAUAAGGUGAGGAAUGUGAUUUCUGAUGAAGGAACGGAUGAAGGACAAGCAAAUCUUGGUAUUUCUUCCUUGGAGAAUUACAGACAGACAAAUAUUAAUAAUGAGAAGCAGCUGAAUGUGCAUUCCACUGAUGCUGUUUUUCCUUUCAAAGCCAGGGACUUGGAUUCCACAGUCCCUUCAAUUGGAAAACCUAGUUGUGCUUUGGCAGCAAUGUCCCUCUUUUCAAAGAUUUUAACCAUCCCGGAGCAUGAAUAUAUCUGGCAGGGGGCCUUUGAAGUGCACAGGGGUGGAAAAAUUCUGGACGUAUAUGGUGGAAUUCAAGCACAUUUAUCAGUUUGUGCUUCACCUAAAGUUCUUGAAGUGGUAAACCAGUUUCCCCAGAAAAUUGCUCUAGAUGAAGUGCUUCGCCUGAGCACAUGGCCAAGACAGUUUCAUGACAAUGGUGCCAAAGAGAAUAAUAUUGCUCUAUAUUUUUUUGCUAAGGAUCUUGAAAGUUAUGAAAAAAGCUACAAGAAUUUGUUGGAUAACAUGAUUAAAAGAGAUUUGGCACUUAAAGGAUAUUUUGAUGGUGUAGAAUUCUUGAUAUUCCCAUCCACUCAGCUUCCAGAGAACUCCCAGUGUUGGAACACAUUGUUUUUUCUUUGGGGCGUGUUCAGGGGAAGGAGAUCUAAUUGUUCAGAUUCCUUAAAUAAGGCAGCUAUUCCUAGUUCUAAUGUGGUGCCUUGGGACAUGAAUUCUCCUGACAAGCUGUAUACUUCAUUAAAUGGGGAUAUUGAUAACAAAAUAUCUAGUUUACAAACAAACUCAGAGCAGCAAGAUGGUAGACUCGACUCCAAUUCCUUGUCAAAGAAUGCAGCAAACAGUGCAUUUUUCUGCUCAGAAACUAGAAGCACCAGUCCUUCAAAGGAAGUCGCAGCUCCUCCAGAGAGUAGAUUAGAUACAGAACGGAAGCCGUCUGCUCAGGCAACUGGAACCAAUAAUGGUUGUAAUAGCAGAGAGGAGACAAAAUCACAUGUAGAUGCUUCAUGUGUCAGAGAAGACUCAUCAUCCUUCAAGGUUUUCCAGGUUGGUGAUCAAGGUGAGGAUGUCAGGGGGAGUGGUGUUGAGGAGAAAAUGGUGGAUAUAAUGGACACUGAUAGAGAUGAAGCUAAAGUUGAGAGGAACCUCAAUGAAGAUUCCCUGAGGAUGGAUGCAGAAGCUUCCACAGUUAGAGACUUAAAUGUCAAAGGCCUUGACUGCUGGCAGUCAAAUAGCAGAAAACGGUCUUACUUAGAUCUUUGUGAGAUAGCCCCUCAGACUUCUAGUAGCACAGGUCAAAAAAUGCUAUUGGAUACUGUAGACGGAGAGAUUAUUAGCAAGAAGCUGAAAACUGGUUUCUGUGAACAAUAUGGGUGUACCAGUUCGAGAGAGGGAAAUUCAUUGAGUGAAGGUUUUGCUUCACAGAUAUGUGAUUUGGGUUCCAGUUCCUCAAUUGAGGAGAAAAGCUGUGAGAAAGCUGUUGAUGAAAAAGUUAUCCUGGAAGAUAUGGGAACUACUGAAAGGUACUUCUUUCCUGUGGAUUCACAUCGCGUAAAAGAUUUUCGAUUGGGGGGCAACUCCAUGCCCUGGAAAGAAUACUCAUCAAAUGAUGAGGACCAAUUCCGUGAUGGGGUUCCAAAUCUUGAGCUAGCUUUAGGGGCUGAGACAAAACCCCAAAAUAAAGGGAUCCUUCCUUUCUUUGUUGGAAUGGUAGGGAAAAAUAAUACCCAGAACAAGACUCCAGAUAAUGUGAAGGAAGAGGAGGAUGGUAUAUCCGCUUCCCUUUCCCUUUCUCUUUCAUUCCCAUUUCCAGAGAAGGAACAAACUGUCAAACCUGUUUCAAAAACAGAGCAGCUCCUGCAUGAAAGGCGCCAUGUGAAUACUUCACUGCUCCUUUUUGGGGGCUUCUCAGAUAAGUAGGCCCAUGGUGAUUCAUUGUAUAUUGUUGUGCACCGCAUGGAUGUGGUAAAUGUACCUGAUCAUGUAUGAUGAUCUUCCAUGGGCUUUAUAGGGGAACUCAAUUUCCAUCUGUUCAUAACCCACACAGGAUUUACUAAUAAUUUUUCUUUUUUACUUAUUAGCUUUUCUGUUUUUGGAGUGCAUAGUCACGGCUGUUUGUAUAUAAAGAGAAUUUAAGCCGCCUAAAAUGCCAUGAGAUAUUUGCAGACCAA